ACUUCGGAACUAAAAGCAAGAUGUCUGCGCUCUUUGGGAAUCGGAUUCUGUUUGCCGCAUUUACGUGUAGAAACAAUUUAGUUUCUUUGGCGCGGAAGCAACAGCGAAUAAAUGUCGCCGGCUUCCAUAAAAGACCUUACGAUAGGAGUUAUAAAUGGCGCAAGUGGAAAUUGGGCGCGGGAGUGUUUGGAGGAGGAUUGUUUUGCCUUUCUCUUCCGAUUUUCAGAGACGAAUAUCAGCUGCUGGAAGGCAAUAAGGAACACCCGGAAAAAGAUAAAGUGCAAUGGGGUCCUUACGACAUUCCUAUCUCUCGAAAGGUAGAUGGACCAAAUAAGCUGGGGGUGAAGCUGACCCUCUUUCAGUAUCAAAGCUGUCCGUUCUGUUGCAAAGUUAGGGCGUUUCUGGACUAUCGCGGCAUCCCUUACGACGUGGUCGAGGUCAAUCCCGUUUUCCGUACGCAGUUGAAAUUCUCGGAAUACAGGAAGGUUCCCAUAGUUAUUCUAGAAGAGAAACCGAAACAGUAUAAACAACUGAACGAUUCGUCGGCCAUCAUCAGCAUGUUAGAGACGUACUUGAUGGAUCCCCAGCAGAAGUUCGACCGGGUGGCGGAGAAGUAUCCUUCCGUGGCUUCCGCCGAUUCCCGGAAAGAGAAGAAAGAAAUAAUGAAUCGCUACCACGUCAUGUUCGGAGAGCGGCUGCCGCCCGACGGCUCUUUCGACCGCAUCAGGGAGGAGGUGAAAUGGAGGAAGUGGGUGGACGAGGUGUUGGUGCAUUCCCUCUCCCCCAAUAUAUAUCGGACGCCGGGAGAAUCGUACCAGACUUUCCUCCACUUUUCCCGAGUGGGAGACUGGGAGCGUUACUUCAAUCCCGUGGAGAGGCGCCUCAUCGUCCUGGUGGGCAGCGCCGCCAUGUACCUGGUGGGCAAGAGACUCAAGUCCAAGUACGGACUGAAGGACGACGUCCGCCAGUCCCUGUACGAGCAGAUCCACACCUGGACUCGGGCGGUGGGUGCCAACCGGUUCCGGGGAGGACGAAGACCCGAUCUGUCCGACCUGGCGGUGUUCGGGGUGCUCAACUCCAUCGAAGGAUGCCGAGCCUUCGACGACCUGAUGAGGCGCGCCGACCUGCGACGGUGGUACUCCGACACGGCGGAGGCCGUCCGGGGUCACGCCGGCUGCCGUUCCUAGAAGAGAAGAGAAACGGGUUCGAACACCGGCUCCUAGAAGAGAAGCCACCGUCCUCCCUUCGCGCGCCCGCUGCCUUUUGUUAUUUAUAGAAGAGUUGGUAAAUAAAAUACAGCCUAAUAACGCCGUGCCCCGUUUCUUUUUCCGCACCUA